AUGGGGCAGGAAAGCUCCGCCCCCGUGGCAAACGAGCCAUUAAUCAUUGCUAAGAGUAAUGGUGAAGAGAAUCUGGAUACUUCGAGUCAGAACUCGGUCUCGCCAGUCGAAAAUACGAUACAUGAAUCACAAACUGAGCAAGUUCAGAAGCAGGACUCGGUUGUCGAAGACGAGGUGAAGCCCGACUCAGCAGCGGUGAAAAUCGAGGAAUUAAAGUCGCUAUCCGACCACGAAGCGAAGCCUGAGUCGCCAGCUGAGUCUAUCCAGAAACCAGACCCACCGUCCGACGAUGACUUGGAGCCUGAGAAACCAGUCGCACAUGUCAAGCAACUCGAUUUCUCAGAUAUCAUCAACAAGCGCAAGCGAACUAAAGACCCCGAUGUCGAGGCUGGUGGCGAUACUGAAGCAGACCUCAGUGAUUCGGAUAUUAGUAACUUCAAUCCGAGUGAAUCCUCUUCUCCUGCCUCAAGUGAGGAGGAUCCGCCGCCAUCACCAACCCCCAAGCGUGGGAAGAAGAAUCCUCUGGACCCUUCGUUCAAGGAUCCCAACCCUCGACGCAAGAAUAACAAAAGGAGGAAGAAGGCCUCGGACACAGAAUACACCGAACAUGAUAGUGAGGAUGACAUUUUCUUUGUUCCAAAGUACGAACGCAAUCAACUCUUGGACAUACAACCUAGGAGAAGAGGAAAGCGUCAACUUGAGCCGGAAGAUCUGCCCAUCAAUCCUGACUUAGGGCCACAGGAACAAGCGCUUGCCGCUCGGCUUCACGCCUGUUCCAAGAAGGCCUCGAUUCCUCGUCAUUGGCAAAAGGAUUUUAUGACCUUACCGGAAAAGUUGUUCUUUGCUGCAGAUGAUGAUGAGGACGCAGAAAACCACAGAAACAAACUCAAAGAAGGCGAUUUUGUCCUUGGGGCUCACAAGAGCUCUGAGUUCUAUGCAAUCCGAGCUUUCCAAGAACUCUUGCAAGUUUGCGGCCACGUGAGAGACUUUUGUAAUGUUCUCCGUUCUCCGUCUGAGCCCUUUAUCAAGAGAACAAUCGAGAAAUAUCUCCGCUGGGCAGUAAUCGACGCGGGGCUUUCAAUCGCGCCCGACAAUAUCCCCAUGCACGUAAUUUACACCAAAACGGAGAAAGAGGACUCCCAGGAAGCCAUCACCAAGUUCUAUAAGAGAUUGCAGAGCCGAGCAACCGAGUUCAAGAAUCAUAUCCUGCUCUCUCCCGCUACCGACAGCUACUGGCCAGCCCUGGUAGGCUUCUUCGUAACCGGACCUAUUGUUUCUGUGGUCACGCUUGACACCACUCCUCAGCCUCCAGAUGCCAAUCCACCGUCUGCAGAUAAAGGAACUAAGCCACCGGGCGACAGCUCCUCUUCGGGAAUCAACCUUCUCAUGUACAUGGAUCUUUCAGACAUGAAUCGCGAUGUCUGGGGUGCCAUGUUUCUUGCAAUUCUCAUUAGACACAUCAGGGAUACCAUGGUCAAGCUCGCUGAAAACUACAAAUCUGCAUGGGUAGCGCAUGCUCCUGGUCCCAAUGGUGAUUCUGGAUACUUCUCGGACAACGACCAAUAA